UGGAUCCCACUUACCCCGCCAAGAAGUUCCGCGGCGGCUCAGGAGGUAGCCGCUCUCUUUGCUAGGAGUUCGGGUCACCUCAAGCAACACCUGUCUUCGCAUCCAGUUCCUUGUAUUCCACUUUGCGAGUUCACGGCCGAACUGGCAGUGUUUGAAUACUGAAGCCUCUUCCUUUCUUGUUUUCCCCGGCAAAAGGCAACAGAGAGAUGGGAGUAGUCACGGAAAGCUAGGAAUGUUGAUUUAUUUGUAGCAGGUAUUUUUGGAGUUAAUGGAGUCAGAAGGACCCCCAGAGCCUGAGAGUUCAGAAAAAUCGUCAUUUGUCUCACAGCAAGAAGAAGAGGAGGAAGAAGAAUUCAAAGAAGAAAUUGAGGAGGAGAAGGAGAAGAUGGGCCCAGUCAAUGCGCUCAUGCAACCCGUCCUCUCGGGGGACGUGGAAGGGGUGCAGAGGAUUUUCGAGGAGCCCGAGAACCCUCAUCAUGACGAGGCCAUGCAGCUGCUCUUGGAAGAAGAUGUCGUUGGGAGAAAUUUGCUGUAUGCGGCUUGCAUGGCCGGGCAGAGCGAUGUGAUUAGAGCUUUGGCAAAAUAUGGUGUGAAUCUGAAUGAAAAAACUGCCAGAGGUUACACGCUCUUACACUGCGCUGCGGCCUGGGGUCGUCUGGAAACUCUGAAGGUGCUAGUGGGAUUGGACGUUGACAUAGAAGCUCUGAACUUCCGGGAGGAGAGAGCUCGAGACGUUGCUGCUCGGUACUCGCAGACCGAAUGCGUCCAGUUCCUGGACUGGGCAGAUGCAAGGCUGGUUCUGAAAAAAUAUAUUGCAAAGGUCUCUGCAACCGUCACAGAGACAGAAAAGGGUCCAGGGAGACUCUGUAAAGAAGACAAGAAUACCAUCCUCGGUGCCUGCCGGGCGAAGAAUGAGUGGCUGGAGACCCAUUCGGAAGCUUCUAUCGAUGAGCUUUUUGAGCAGAAACAACAACUGGAAGAUGUCGUGACUCCCAUCUUCACGAAAAUGUCUACGCCACGCCAAGUGAAAAGUGCCAAAUCUGUAACCUAGGCCGUGGUCAGAGAAGAAGUCAGCAUCGCACCUUCUACCGGACAUACAUUUUAUAAAAGGCCGCCUUUUCUACCAGUAUUUGUAAAGACAAACCUAUCGAUGACAAUGGAAGUUGAGAAAAUAGAUGUGGAGUUUCGUAAAAACGUUUAAGUAUGGAAUGAAAUCACCCUUGUUUGGCUUCACCCUCUCCCGCGGCUUGCGCCCAGACUCGGUGGCCUGGACUCGGCCCCCAGGCACAGUCUCGUGUGGGUUCCACGUGCUCCUUCCAGGGAACACGUGGGCCCGAAUCACUCACGAAAGCUCUGUGGAGCCUUUAAAAGCUACUUAGAGAACCCAGUAAUUUUCUGUGUAAUCGAGGCAGGAAAUUUCCAUUCAGUUGAGGAAUUGGCUAUUUCCAGAGGAAAAAUUCGUUUUCCAUCUCUCAAAAGGAGAGCUGUGGGGUGACAUUCUGGGGCAAGGAAACGGUAAGAAUAGUUUGGGUCUUUUGCUUAUACAACUAUCGAAUUUUAUGUCCAAAUUAAAAUUUCCUUGUGAGGUGGGAGGUAAUUUCUCAGCCUACUUAAUUAUUUGUAUUUAACCUCUGCCUAUCUUUAAAUUAAUAAACAUGAAU